AUGCUUUUCUUCAGCUUUUUCAAGACUCUGACCAACCAGACGGUCACCAUUGAGCUCAAGAACGAUAUUCGCAUUCGAGGCAUCCUCAAGUCUGUCGAUCAAUACCUGAACAUCAAGCUCGAUGAUAUUGAAGUCUUGGAUCUUGUCAAGUACCCUCACCUGUCAUCAGUGAAGAACAUGUUCAUUCGUGGCAGUGUGGUGCGGUACGUCAUGCUUCCUCGGUCGGAGGUUGAUGUUGGCUUGUUGGAGGAUGCUACACGGCGAGAGGCCGCCAACCAGGCUGGCAAAGCCCGGUAA